AUGAAGAGACCUCACGACUACAGCUCCCCCGACUCAGAUACUGAUGAGUUCAUCGAUGUGGGACAAGAAGACAGCUACUGUGCGGUGACUGGUUCCAUGUCCCCUGGUAGCGCCUCGCAGGUUCUGGCCCGAAAGAAGAGAAGAGGGAUCAUAGAGAAGAGGAGAAGAGACAGGAUCAACCACAGCCUGUCAGAGCUCAGAAGAUUGGUGCCUAGUGCAUUUGAAAAGCAGGGUUCUUCAAAACUGGAAAAAGCUGAAAUUUUGCAGAUGACAGUAGAUCACCUCAAACUGCUUCAUGCCAUGGGAGGAAAAGGUUACUUCGACGCUCGAGCUCUGGCCGUAGACUACAGGACUCUGGGCUUCAGGGAGUGUGUGGGGGAGGUGGUGCGGUACCUGAGUUCACUGGAAGGGGAUUCAGCAGACCCUAUCGCUGCCCGCCUCGUGUCCCACCUCUCCCACUGUGCCAGUGAGUUAGACCCCCUCCUGCUCCAGCCCGCCCCCGCCUCCGCCGUGCCCUUCGCCCAUUGGCACUGGCCUACCUUCCCUCCACUAUCUCCUGCACCUCCAACCUCAUCGUCACCCCCUUUCCACCGCCGGGACCUGGCUUUGUUGGGGGCAUACUCUCCACCGGUGUCUCUUCGUCUCAACCCUCCUCCUCCUCCCCUCGUUGCUCCGACUGCCCUGACCACCUCUGUCCCCCGGGUGUCCUCCCUCACCACGUCCCCGCUCCAUAGAGGAACACAGCCACCCCAUCACAGUGUGUCCAAUGUCUCUCCCCGUCCACUGUCCCCUCCUGCGUCUACGUCUGUCUCAACUGCCUCGUCUUCACCUCCUGCACAGGCUUCUUUUAGACCCUUCGCACCACUGGGGUCUCCCACAACCCAGCGCAGGGGUGUGAGUGUAUCAAGCAAGUCAAGUCAAGCAUGGGGGACAGAGAUUGGAGCAUUCUGACAGCUAUCAAUGCUUUUAUCUACUAAAGACAUUUUGCAAUAAAUAUGGACUUACAAUAGGUUGUCAUGAAUUUGAAUGCUGGAAUUUACACUUCGGAGUAUGCAUGUAGCGUGUUACAUAGAAUCUGACAAAUGGAGAAAGAUUUGUCCAGCCAUAAUGCGAUAGUGCACUUUUUUGUUUUAGCUAUGUGAGACAAAUC